CGGUCCGUUUGUGGUCUUCGAAUUUCAAGAUUUCAACAGACAAAAUCCGUGAAAACAUGGCAACAAGCAGCAAAGAAAGUCGGCGCCGGAAAAUCCUCGAAAGAGGAUCCGAUCGCUUGGCUUCUAUUACGGGUCAACUCGAAAACCUCCCUCCUCCGCCUCCGCCUCACUCUGAAAACCAGAUCGACACCAACCCUACGCCGCCGUCGACGGCCCCCCUCGCUCGAGAUCCGCCACCCGACUCCCCAAGUCAAAUCGCCGUUUCUCCUGAAGUCCAUGAUGAAGCCUCUAGUUCUGAUGCUAAUCAGACUCAGCCCAGUGCUUAUAAUGGAAUUGGUGAAGGAUCGACGUCCACAGACGGGAUAGAAGCAUCGGGCCUUCUAAUGAUUCCGCGUUGAAUACAAGUUGUCGAGCAAAUUCACGCCGGUUUUAUCAGAUGAUCAAAUUCCAUCGGUUUCCACAUCAGGGGCGGUACAUCAUUCAGAGACACCAACUCGAAAACAUAAUUUUUUCUCCCCUAAGCAAUAAGUUCCGCGAUUGAUGCAUCUGGACAAGCACGGCUUUUAUGUUCAGUGGUCGUGGCCGUCUUAGUUGUUCUGGUACGUUUGGGGUUUCCUCUUCUAGGAAACAGAUUCUUAGGGAGCAUUAUCAGCUUCAGGCACUUUACUUCGUUCUGUUGACCAACGUAACACUCGUGAUGGGGCGACUUCUUUUCGUUGAUCGUGUAAGUUCUCUAAAAGUCAUUGCAGAAGAGAACAAACACUCCUCCGCCGACGACAAUAAUUGGGCCGGGCAAUUAAGCAAGAUGUUGGAGGUUGGAUUGGUCGCAAAGAAGGCGAUUGAUGCAUUGUUCAUGGAUUGUAGUGUAUAUCUCAUAAUUAUCAUAUGUGGCGUCUCGUUCAUAUAACAAUGCAGCAAGCAUUUUCUUUUCCGAUAAUAAAUCAAAGGAUAUUACUACCUUAAACGUGCUUAAGUAAAAUACACCAGAUAUC